GCCGGGCACUUGUGGGUCAAAGCGCCGCAAAGACAUGCAGCCCGGUCUCAAAUAAAAAGUCCCAGGUGACGUCAGCCGUUCUGCGUGACGUCAUGACGUACGGGCGGGAGUUGUGAAGCUUGCAGCCGGUCCUGGAAGAUUGCGGCGGCUGACCGGGCCCCGACAUGCCUCUGCUGCAGCUUUGCGGGGUCACCCUGGACUUCCCGUUCACUCCGUACAAAUGUCAGGAGGAUUAUAUGUCCAAAGUGCUGGAGUGUCUACAGAAGGGAGUCAAUGGUGUUCUGGAGAGUCCCACUGGCACUGGAAAAACCUUAUGCUUACUCUGUGCCACACUAGCAUGGCGCCAGCAUUUUAAAGAUAACAUCACUGCACGUAAAAUCCAAGAGCGCAUGCAUGGAGCAGAGAUGUUCCCAGACCGACCGGCCGCAGACUGGGGAAGCGGGGAGCCGAGUGGACAGGGAUCAGCUUACUACAGUGAUAUCCCCAAGAUUAUUUACGCAUCCAGAACACACUCUCAGUUGACUCAGGUCAUAAGUGAAUUGAAGCAGACCACUUACAGGCCUAAAGUCAGCGUCCUGGGCUCUCGGGAGCAGUUGUGUAUACACCCGGAUGUGAAAAAGCAGGAAAAUAACCAUGUGAAGGUCCAUAUGUGUCGCUCCAAGACGUCUACCCGUUCCUGUCACUACUAUAAUAAUGUGGAGGAGAAGAGCACUGAGAAAGACCUCACCACUCAAAUAUUGGACAUUGAGGACCUGGUGAAGAACGGCACCAAACACAGGGCCUGCCCCUACUACCUCUCCAGGAAUCUGAAGCAGCAAGCGGACAUCAUAUUUAUGCCCUAUAAUUAUCUGCUAGACCCAAAGAGUCGUAAGGCGCAUAACAUUGAUCUAAAGGGCACAGUUGUCAUAUUUGAUGAAGCCCACAAUGUGGAGAGAAUGUGUGAGGAGUCUGCUUCUUUUGAUCUAACGCCAUAUGAUUUGGCAUCUGGGAUCGAUGCUUUGGAUCUGGUCAUCAAGGAGGCCACAGACAACCUGGAGCAGAAGCAUAUUAGUGCAGAAUUUAACAUGGAAGCGCCCAGUUCAAAUAUGAAUGUAGAACUUGAAGACCUGGCCAAGAUAAAGGGCGCCCUCCUGCAGCUCGAGAGCUCCAUUGAUGCUGUAACACUUCCAGCCAAUGGGAACGGUAUUACGAAAGAAGGGAGUUACAUCUUUGAGCUCUUUGCUUCUGCGGGGAUCACAUACGAAACAAAGACCAGUCUACUGGAGUUUCUUGAUCAGAUCAUACAGCACGUGGGUGGAAGUUCUGGGGUCUUCACAAAUACGCUUGGACUUCAGAAGUUGUCUGACAUCAUCCAGAUUGUAUUUAAUAUUGAGGUCCCCGAGGGCUCAGUUCCUCCGACCAGGAAUCCGCAGAUUUCGAAAUCAUACAAGGUCCAUAUCCAUCCAGACACCAGCCAGAGGAAGAAGCCUCGUGGAGACAUCUGGAGUAACAGCCGAAAGCAAGGGGGGAAGGUGCUCAGCUACUGGUGCUUCAGUCCUGGCUACACGAUGCAUGACCUAGUGAGACAAGGAGUACGGAGUAUUAUUCUUACCAGUGGGACCUUGUGCCCCCUCAACUCCUUCACCAUGGAAAUGCAGAUCCCCUUUCCAGUAACGCUGGAAAACCCACACGUCAUUGAAAAGCAUCAGAUUUGGGUCGGAGUUGUUCCUCAGGGGCCUGAUGGAGCACAGCUCAGCUCUGCAUUCGAUAGAAGGUUUUCGCCUGAUUAUUUAUCAUCUUUGGGGAAAACAAUUGGUAACAUAGCUCGUGUGGUUCCUCAUGGCCUGCUAAUCUUCUUUCCUUCUUACCCAGUCAUGGAUAAAAGUAUUGAGUUCUGGAAGGAAAAUGGCCUCACCUCACGUAUUGAAGACGUGAAACCAAUGUUUGUGGAGCCAAGAGGAAAAGGCUCGUUCACGGAGACAAUUGAUGCAUUUUACGAGAAAAUAAAAGCCCCCAGCAGCAGUGGUGCCAGUUUCUUCGCAGUUUGUAGGGGCAAGGCUAGCGAAGGGUUAGAUUUUGCAGACUACAAUGGCAGAGGUGUGAUAAUUACUGGCCUCCCUUUCCCUCCACGAAUGGAUCCUAGGGUGAUUUUAAAGAUGCAGUUCCUGGAUGAGAUGAGACGAACACAGGGCUCUACUGGGAAGUUUCUGUCUGGACAGGAGUGGUAUCGACAACAGGCUUCUCGAGCUGUCAAUCAAGCCAUAGGCAGAGUCAUCAGACAUCAGCAAGACUAUGGAGCUAUCUUUUUGUGUGAUCACAGGUUCAGUAGCAGUGACUCUCGGGCUCAGCUUCCCUCCUGGGUCCGUCCUUACCUCCAAGUCUAUAAUAAUUUUGGACAUAUAAUACGUGAUGUAUCACAGUUCUUCCGUGUGGCACAGAAAAUUAUGCCGCCUCCUGUGCCGAGAGGUGCUCAGAAGGAAAAGGUCUCUUGUGUGUCAGCCUCAGAUUCCCCAUCUCACUCCCAGUCUUCUUAUGCUGCUUCUAGAAUACGCGAAAACUUAAAAAAAGCUAAAUCCUUAGACUCUCAUGUACCCAGCUUAAAAAGGAAAAGAGAGGAAGGGAGCAGAAUAGAGACCCAGUCUGACUUUUGUGAGGGCUAUGAGGAGAACAUUGAUGUGGCUGCUCAGCGCCCAGCUGGAUUAUUGGAUGCACUGGAUCACAGCGAGAAGAGACUGCAAGGAGAGCAAAGCUCUGAUAAUAAGAUAACCCGUCUUUCAACACUAUCUUUGCAAUAUGACAAGAGGCUAAACGAGGAGCAGAGAGGGAGCAAGAAAAAGAUAAAAAUUGUCCAGAACCAGCUGAAAGACAGUUCUUCCCCGAGCAAGAAGAUGAGCAGCGCGUCAAUGUUCAUGUUCUCCGUCAAGCAAUGUCUUAGUCAAGAGAACUAUAAUCUCUUCAUGGCGGCUUUGACAGAGUACAAGAAAAGUGAUGACUUGAAGAGUCUUAUUACAAAAUUGUGCAGCUUCUUCUGCCAGGAACCUGGGAAGCAUGCCCUAAUGAGAGGUUUUUACCAAUUUAUUAGACCCCACCACAAGAAAGAGUUUGAUGCAGCAUGCAAAGAGUUUACAGGAACCGGGUGUGGAUACAAACCAGAGCACAGUAUACCAUGGACUGAACGUGAGAAGGCACAAGCUACCGUUGACACCAAAGUGACCUUCUCUGAGAGCUCAUCCGAACACCUGAACCAUGGAGGAGGGCACUUAAGCGCUGAAUCACUGAAAGGUAGGAGUAUGAGGUCACUGCAUAGGGUAUUGGCCUAA